GCGACAAUGGCGGCAGACCUUGAUCAGUUUCAGCAGCUUCUAAAUACACUUCUUAGCCCGGAUAAUGACGCCAGAACACAAGCAGAGGAGGCAUACAACAACCUUCCGGUGGAAAAUAAGGUGACAUUUCUCUUAACAUCUUUAUGCAAUGCCAACCUUAUGGAAGAUAUGCGUGCUAUGGCUGCUGUCUUGUUACGUCGACUAUUUUCUUCUGAGUUCAUGGACUACUAUCCUAAAAUUCCGCCAGAAGCACAAGCUCAGUUAAAAGAACAAAUUUUGUUAUCUGUUCAAAAUGAACAGACAGAAAUUAUUCGACGUAAAAUUUGUGAGGUAGCAGCCGAAGUUGCACGAAAUUUAAUUGAUGAAGAUGGUAAUAAUCAGUGGCCAGAAUUCUUGCAGUUCCUAUUUCAGUGUGCAAAUAGUCCUGUAUCAUCACUAAAAGAAAGUGCUCUUCGUAUGUUCACAUCCGUCCCAGGUGUUUUUGGAAAUCAACAAGCAAAUUAUCUUGACCUCAUCAAGCAAAUGUUACAACAGUCUGUCAUGGAUUCUACAAAUUAUGAGGUCAGAUUUCAAGCUGUAAGAGCAAUUGGAGCCUUUAUUAUUUUGCAUGAUAAAGAAGACAAUAUACAAAAACAUUUCUCAGAAUUACUACCUGCAGUUAUAAAAGUAACAGAGCAGUCAGUACAAGAACAAAGAGAUGAUGCUCUCUUUAAAGUCUUAAUUGAUUUGGCAGGAUCAACUCCAAAAUUUCUAAGAAAAAACUUACAAGAUAUAAUGAGGAUGUGUAUGAAAGUAUUUGGUGAUAUAGGUCUGCCAGAUUAUUGGAGACAAUUAGCAUUAGAGGUAUUAGUAACAUUAUCAGAAACUGCUCCUGCAAUGGUACGUAAAGUAGGUGGACAAUACAUUUCGUCUUUAGUAUCAUUAGUAUUAACAAUGAUGGCAGAUAUAGAAGAUGAUGAAAAAUGGAGUUUUUCUGAUGAAAUUAUUGAUUAUGAUAAUGACAGUAACAAUGUUGUUGCUGAAAGUGCUUUAGACAGAUUAGCAUGUGGUUUAGGUGGUAAAACUAUGCUACCAGAAAUUGUACAAGAUAUUCCUAUACUGUUGGGUGACAUUAACUGGAAGUUUAGGCAUGCGGCUCUUAUGGCAAUUUCGGCAGUAGGUGAAGGUUGUCAUAAACAAAUGGAAGCAAUAUUACCUCAGAUUAUGGACGGAGUCAUUCAAUAUUUACACGACCCUCACCCUCGUGUAAGAUAUGCCGCUUGUAAUGCAGUAGGUCAAAUGUCCACUGAUUUUGCACCUAUAUUUGAACAAAAAUUCCAUGAUAAAGUUAUUCCUGGAUUAUUAAUGGUUUUGGAUGACAAUGCAAACCCAAGAGUUCAAGCCCAUGCAGGUGCAGCUCUUGUGAAUUUCAGUGAAGAUUGUCCGAAACAUAUAUUGACACCAUAUUUGGAUGCUAUUAUGGCUAAAUUGGAAUCGAUACUUACUGCUAAAUUUCAAGAGUUAGUCGAGAAAGGAACUAAACUUGUUCUUGAACAAGUUGUUACAACUAUCGCAUCAGUAGCUGAUACAUGUGAAGAACAGUUUGUAACAUACUAUGACAGGCUAAUGCCAUGCCUAAAGUAUAUCAUACAAAAUGCGAAUCAGCAGGAGCAUAAAUUGCUUCGUGGUAAAACCAUUGAAUGUGUCAGCCUUAUAGGACUUGCAGUUGGUUCUGAGAAUUUUAUAGCAGAUGCCAGUGAAGUUAUGGAUAUGUUAUUAAAAACUCAUUCAGAAGGAGAUCUUCCAGAUGACGAUCCACAAACAAGUUAUUUAAUAUCUGCUUGGGCUCGAAUUUGCAAAAUUCUUGGUAAACAAUUUGAGCAAUAUUUACCACUGGUAAUGGGUCCAGUUUUACGUACAGCAGCUAUGAAGCCCGAAGUUGCUUUAUUGGAUAAUGAAGAUAUGGAAGGUAUAGAAGAUUUGGAUUGGGAAUUCAUUUCUGUCGGGGAACAGCAGAAUUUUGGAAUUAAAACAGCUGGAUUAGAGGAUAAAGCUUCUGCCUGUGAAAUGUUAGUUUGCUAUGCACGAGAAUUGAAAGCAGGUUUCGCAGAUUAUGCAGAGGAAGUAGUACGAUUAAUGGUUCCUAUGUUGAAGUUUUACUUUCAUGAUGGUGUCAGAACAGCAGCUGCUGCAAGCUUACCCUACCUUCUUGACUGUGCAAAAAUAAAAGGUCCACAAUAUCUGGAAGGAAUGUGGGCAUACAUUUGUCCAGAUUUGUUAAAAGCAAUUGAUACGGAACCAGAAUCUGAAGUUCUGCUGGAAUUAUUGUAUUCUUUGGCUAAAUGUAUUGAAACACUCGGAGCUGGUUGUUUAGGAACGCAACCUAUGGCUGAACUUUUACGUAUAUUAGAUAAACUACUGAAUAAACAUUUUGAAAGAGCAGUGGCCAGAUUGGAAAAGCGUAAAGAUGAAGAUUACGACGAGGUUGUCGAAGAACAGCUUGCUGAUGAAGACGAUGAAGAUGUAUAUACACUAAGUAAAAUAGCAGAUAUUUUACAUGCUUUGUUUACCACUCACGAUUCUUCAUUCUUUCCAUAUUUCGAUCAAAUUUGUGGACAUUUUGUAAAAUUGUUGAGUCCUGACAGAUCUUGGUCAGAUCAUCAAUGGGCUUUAUGUGUUUUUGACGAUGUAAUAGAAUUUGGUGGACCCGAGUGUGCGAAGUAUCAGGAAUACUUCUUACGACCAAUGAUACAAUAUGUAUCAGACAAAUCGGCAGAGGUCAGACAAGCAGCUGCGUAUGGUUGUGGAGUUUUGGGGCAGCAUGGAGGAGAAGCAUUUGCUCAAGCAUGUGCGGAAGCCUUACCUAGGUUAAUGGAAGUUAUAAACGAUCCAGAAUCUAGAUCAGUAGAAAAUGUUAAUCCUACUGAAAAUGCUAUUUCCGCAGUUACAAAAAUUCUCAAAUAUAACAACAAAGCAAUUAAUGUUGACGAAAUACUCCCUCAUUGGCUCUCUUGGUUACCCGUAGUAGAAGACGAAGAUGAAGCUCCUUACGUAUAUGGAUACCUUUGCGAUUUAAUCGAAAUGAAUCAUGUAGCAGUUUUAGGUCCAAAUAAUUCAAAUCUACCUCGGCUAAUAAGUUUCUUUGCUGAAGCACUUCACAGAGAUGCAGUACCUUCAGACAAUCCUGUUAUGGGCAGAAUUCUUAGUAUCGUUAGACAAAUACAGAAUAACGAGUCUAUGUUCCAGGCAUGCAUAAAUGCGUUAACGUCAAAUCAGCAGCAAGCAUUACAUGAGGCACUUAGUGCACAGUCUACUAAUUAGUCAGUUGUUUUUUAUUCCGAACUUAAACGCCUUAAUAUGAAACAAAAAAGAACACAUUUGCUUUAAUAAAGCUUAUCGUGAACUCAUACUUUAGGUAGCUACAUUAUAUCUAUGGAACAUUUGCUCCAGCCUAAUGAUAAAGAGAGACACUAUACUGUAUGUAACUAUUUGACAUGACGCGUAUAUUUGUUAAUUAUACUGCACUAAUAGGUACAAUAGUCACUCCAUUUUUUACAAUUCAGAAUUUUGCAAAUUACAUGAAACGAAACUCACGCUCAUCACUACUCAAUGAAGUGUGAUAUGUUGCACGUAAAUCUAGGACUGUAAAAUUAAUGAAAUUACAUAAGCGAGUUCGCACUGACGAAAAUUUUUGAAUUAAUUUCUCGACUGCAUCAUUCAUACGGAAAACGUAAUAACAAAAUGUACAUAUGCUAAUUCAUUUUCAAGGUUGCAAAAUUAAUACAAUAUUAUACUUUACGCCAUUAACAGCCGAACGAUGCUAAAUUCUUUUUUUAAUGCAGCUUUGUAAAUUGCGUAGUAUUUCUAGAUAUAAAUUAUAGUUUUGUUCCGUGAAUAGUAAAGUCUUGUACUUUUGUCACUGCGAUCUCUAAUUCGUCCCAUUUAUAUGCGUUCUGAAGCUACUUUUUGUCAGAAUAAUGAAACUGCAAAAAGAGAAAAAUAGACCGGAAAGACACCAACUCAUUGCCAUUAAUUGAUGGCAGAACAUUGUGAUUUAGGUAUUUUUAUUGUUAAAUUUAGGUACAGUAAAUGUUAUUUAAUAAUAUCGAUAAUA